CUGGCAGAAGGGAUUGGAGAGCAGGAGGGGAGUGAGAGAGAAAUAUCCUGGUAAAUAUCAAGCAAAAAUACAAGUGUAGUUGAAGGUAUAACUAAAAGCUAAUUGCCAUGGAUCCGGUCUCUGUACUUCUGUCUGUCGUCAUUUGUAUUUUUCUAUAUAAAAUCUUCUAUGGCGGGAAAGAAAGACCUGAGAACUCCCCUCCUGGGCCCAAACCAUUACCCCUCAUUGGGAAUCUGCACAUGAUUAAUAUGAAGAAACCCCAUCUAACAUUUAUGGAGCUGGCUGAGAAGUACGGCUCAGUAUACAGUGUUAAGCUCGGGACGCGAGACGUUGUAGUGCUUUGUGGCACCGACACAGUGAGAGACGCUCUUAUCAACCACGCCGAGGAGUUCUCGGGGAGGGCAAAAAUUCCAGUCUUUGAUGAGGUUUCUAACGGACAUGGUAUUGUCUUUGCUCAUGGGGAGAACUGGAAAGUAAUGAGAAGAUUCACUCUAUCUACACUAAGAGACUUUGGGAUGGGGAAAAAAACAAUAGAAGACAGAAUUUCUGAAGAAAGUGACUGCUUAGUGGGCGUUUUCAAGUCGUAUGAAGGGAAGCCAUUUGAUAACACCAUGAUAAUGAAUGCGGCUGUAGCCAACAUCAUUGUGCACAUACUGCUCAACCACCGCUUUGAGUAUCAGGAUCCAACGCUGCUCAAGCUUAUAAACAUAGUCAGUGAGAAUAUCAGGAUUGGCGGAAGUCCUAUCGUUAUGCUGUAUAACACAUAUCCGUCUAUAAUGCGAUGGAUUCCUGGAAGGCACAAAACGGUUGGUGCAAACACCGCAAAACUAUAUGACUUUCUUAAAGAGACCUUCACCAGACACAGAGAACAUCUGGAUGUAAAUGACCAGAGGGAUCUUAUUGAUGUUUUCCUUGUCAAGCAACAAGAGGAGAAGCUUUCCUCUACAAAGUUUUUUCACGACGAAAAUUUGACAGUCCUUUUAGGCAAUUUAUUUGGCGCUGGAAUGGAGACGACUUCUACCACUCUCCGAUGGGGCCUCCUACUAAUGAUGAAGUAUCCAGAGGUUCAAAAAAAUGUUCAAGAUGAAAUUGACAGAGUGAUUGGAUCAGCAGAACCUCGGCUCGAGCACCGGAAACUAAUGCCCUAUACUGAUGCUGUUAUUCAUGAGAUCCAGAGAUUUGCCAACAUCGCCCCUACUAAUGUUCCCCAUGCAACAACUAAGGACGUCACAUUCAGGGGCUUUUUCAUUCCAAAGGGAACCCAAAUAAUGCCACUGCUGACUUCGGUUCUAAGAGAUAAAGCCUAUUUCAAAAAGCCGGAAGAAUUUUACCCGGAACAUUUCCUUGACUCAGAUGGAAAUUUUGUGAAAAAUGAGGCCUUCCUUCCCUUCUCAGCAGGUAAAAGAAUUUGUGCCGGAGAGACGUUGGCCAAGAUGGAGCUCUUCUUGUUCUUCACAAAGUUACUGCAGAACUUCACAUUCCAACCCCCUCCUGGAGUUGAGGUCCAACUGACCUGUGCAGAUUCAAUGACGUCCACCCCUCUGAACCAAAACAUUUGUACUUUGGCUUGCAGCUAGAAAAAAAUGGCAAUACAAUCAGUCUUCUAAUGAGAUGAAAGAAAAAAAAUACAACAAAUGAAAAAGGAAACCUGUGUGAGAAGGACAUGUUAAUCCCCAGAGGGCACUGAGAUUCUCUUCUAUUUGUAGCUGCCAUUUUCAUAAAUAUGUAGCAUUGUUUUGUUUUUUUUACCAUAUGUGCAUAUUUAAAUAUAUGUAUUUUCUAUGUUUUACAUUAGUAGUUUAUUGUAUUCAUGUUUUUGGGCCACAAUAUAGGAUAUUUUUAUACGUCCCGACGCAAUAACUGGUGUUUGAAAAAGUAUGUCAUUUUUUUCUAGACCAAACAUGACAUAUUGGAUUUUAGGCAGAUUUACUGAUGUAAAGAAAUUAUUUACAAUUUGGGGCCACAAAAUAGGGGGGCCUGAAACCAAAAAAGAGUGGAAAUGUUGGGUCCAGGCAAGCUGCAAAUUAGGAAAGGUCCAGUCUUAAUCCUAGCAAUUGGUUUUUAGGCUUGGCACAUCCUAGCCAUAUGUCAGUGAUUGCCCAUGUAAAUAUAGCCAGCCUCUGUCAAGGCCUGACAGCCCUUAAGGUGCCCAUACAUGUGAAGAUUCCCUCACUUGGCCAAAUAGAAUAUCGUAUCUAUUUAAAUCACCAUCUCUGUAACCUAAAAGGCACCUAAUCAUAGGGCAUAAGACUUGUAAGGCUACAGAGAAAUGGGCUUAUUUAUCAAUUGUCAAGUUUCUGAAUUCGAGAUUGUUUUUCUACCUCAACUAAACUCGCAUUUUGAAUGGUGGCUUAUUUAAUAAUAAAGAAAAUAUGGCUUGACUUUGCCUAGGCAACUCCCAUUGACCGCUCUAUAAACUCUCAAACUUGAAUCGUGAAUUUCUUUCUUCCAUAAUGGCACCAAGACUAUAAACAGUUCAGCAAGGAUCAUUGAUAUUAUUGAUAAUUAUGUUGAAAAUGUUGAAUAUAACGAUAAAUAUGUCAUCUGUCACCACAAUCCAAGUAGGAAGGCCAAUUAAGGGAUGUGCACAACUUGUGUUGUGUAACUUUAUAAACUUUAUACAGAUUUUUAACUCUACUUUCCAUUUUAUACAUAAUAUAUUAAUUCUGGUGAAUAUUUAAAUAAAGUUUGAACUCUGAGCAAGGACACAGUCCGCUGUGCAAGUACAUUUUUGGUGUUCUGACCAUAUAAAGGAUAAGUAAAAUCUUUAAAAAUUGCUCCGAGUGCUUUUCUAAGCACUUUUGCUGUUUACAAUAUUUUUUUUUGGUUUCAGAGUUAUUACGUUUUUUAAUAAUUGGCAGUAUAAUGAAUUUCAUUACAGCGUCCCCUGCUGGUAAGUUCUUUUGACUGUACAUUUAAAGAGAAAGAUGAGAGAUACAUUCAGAAGGAAAACAGAAAACUGUUGUGAUGUUGCUCUGCUCAGGAAAGACUUGAGAAAGGACUUCUGAGGCUUCUGAUGUAUUUCUCGAGCAGUGUUUUAUUACAUUUUUAUUAAAUUUGAAAAUGGUUAAA